CGCCUUCCCAUUCCCUAAUCCCUAUUUGACGUACUUUACCUUCUCCUUCCCUCUCUCGCCUUCUCUUCUCUUACUCAUACCCUCAAUUUCUUGUUCUCCUUCUCCUUUCCUUUGCUAUCCGGCGGAAUCUUUUGCGUGGCGUUUUGUUGGGUGGAUGAGGUCGUCCUGCGGCCUUAAGUAAAUAUGGCUCCUCUACCGAUCAAGUUUACGGAGCUUCUUAAUCUCACGAAUGCUGAAAUUGCGCCGGCAUCGAUUGGAUUCAACUCAUGUACCCUAGAAUCAGACAACUUCGUGUGUGUCCGGCAAAAGCUCACUGAGGAGGACAAGCCGCAAGUUAUCAUCAUUAACCUGAAAAACAACAAUGAAGUCAUCAAGCGCCCAAUCAAUGCGGAUAGUGCUAUCAUGCACUGGAACCGUAACAUCAUUGCUCUCAAGGCCCAAGGGCGCACGAUCCAGAUCUUCGACCUGACGGCGAAGCAGAAGCUAAAGUCAUCGGUCAUGAACGAGGAUGUUGUGUACUGGAAAUGGUUCAAUGAGAAGUGCCUGGGCUUGGUGACAGAGAGCUCUGUCUUCCACUGGGAUGUCUUCGACCCUACCCAGACUAACCCUCAGAAGGUCUUUGAUAGGCUUCCUAACCUCAGUGGUUGUCAAAUUAUCAACUACCGUGUUAAUGAUGACGAGAAGUGGAUGGUGGUAGUCGGAAUCAGCUCGCAGGGAGGCCGUGUGGUGGGAUCAAUGCAGUUGUACUCCAAAGACCGUGGUAUCUCUCAGUUCAUCGAGGGUCACGCAGCUGCUUUCGCCUCGAUCCGUGUCGAGGGAUCUCCCCUCGAACACAAGCUUUUUACCUUCGCUGUUCGAACACAGACCGGUGCUAAAUUGCAGAUUGCUGAAAUUGACCACCAAGAGCCGAACCCGAGGUUCCAGAAGAAGGCCGUGGAGGUAUACUUCCCCCAGGAGGCGGUGAAUGAUUUCCCAGUUGCUAUGCAGGUUUCCAGGAAGUAUGACAUUGUGUAUCUGGUCACCAAGUAUGGCUUCAUUCACCUCUACGACCUCGAGACCGGCACUUGCAUCUUUAUGAACCGUAUCUCCAGCGAAACGAUAUUCACUACCGCUCCCGAUUCCGAUUCUGCUGGUCUGGUCGGCGUGAACCGCAAGGGUCAAGUUCUGUCUGUCAGUGUCGAUGAGAAUACUAUCGUCCAGUACCUGAUGGAGAACCCGGCCAUGUCUGGUCUCGCAGUGAAGCUUGCUUCGAAGGCGGGACUUCCUGGUGCGGAUCAUCUGUACCAGCAGCAGUUCGACAACCUCAUUACACAAGGCAACUACUCUGAAGCCGCCAAGAUUGCCGCAAACUCGCCCCGUGGCUUUUUGCGUACCCCGGAGACCAUCAACCGCUUCAAGAAUGCUCCCCAGACCGGACAGGGGAUGUCCGUCAUCCUCCAGUACUUCGGAAUGCUUUUGGAUAAGGGCUCUUUGAACAAGUAUGAGAGUGUUGAGCUCGUCCGUCCCGUUUUGCAACAGAACAGGAAGCACCUUCUUGAGAAGUGGAUGCGCGAAAACAAGCUCGAAGGAUCCGAGGAACUGGGUGAUAUUGUUCGACCUUACGAUAUGAACACCGCCCUGGCUAUUUACUUGCAGGCCAAUGUUCCUCACAAGGUUAUUGCCGGCUUCGCAGAGACGGGUCAGUUUGACAAGAUUCUCAGCUAUUCGAAACAGGUUGGAUACCAGCCGGAUUACACUCAGCUCCUGCAACACAUUGUUCGUGUGAAUCCGGAGAAGGGUGCUGAGUUUGCUACUCAGCUUGCCAACGAGGAGUCUGGUGCUCUCAUCGACCUGGACCGCGUCGUAGAUGUCUUCUUGUCCCAGAACAUGAUCCAGCAGGCCACUUCAUUCCUACUGGAUGCUCUGAAGGAUAACAAGCCUGAACAUGGUCACCUGCAGACACGCUUGCUCGAGAUGAACCUUGUCAAUGCCCCUCAGGUCGCCGAUGCCAUCCUUGGCAACGAGAUCUUCACCCACUACGACCGCCCUCGUAUCUCUCAGCUUUGCGAGAAUGCAGGCCUCAUCCAACGUGCACUUGAGAACACCGACGACCCCGUGGCCAUCAAGCGUAAUAUUGUCCGCACCGACAAGCUGAGCCCUGAGUGGUUGAUGGAAUAUUUCGGUCGUCUCUCGGUUGAGCAGACUCUUGAUUGCAUGGACACAAUGUUGCAGGUUAACAUUCGCCAGAACUUGCAAGCGGUCGUUCAGAUCUGCACCAAGUUCUCUGACUUGUUGGGGCCCCAGCAACUAAUCAGCCUGCUCGAGAAGUACCGCACUGCUGAAGGUCUCUACUAUUACCUCGGCAGCAUUGUCAACCUUAGCGAAGACCCUGAGGUCCACUUCAAGUACAUUGAGGCCGCCACCGCCAUGGGCCAGAUCACUGAAGUUGAACGGAUUUGCCGUGAGAGCAACUACUACAAUCCGGAUAAGGUCAAGAACUUCCUCAAGGAGGCCAAGCUGACGGAGCAACUGCCGCUGAUCAUCGUGUGUGACCGUUUCAACUUCAUUCAUGAUUUGGUCCUUUAUCUGUACCAGAACCAACAGUACAAGUCCAUCGAGGUGUACGUACAGCGUGUUAACCCAUCGCGUGCUCCCGCUGUCAUUGGUGGCCUGCUAGACGUUGAUUGCGAAGAGAGCAUCAUCAAGAAUCUCCUCUCUACUGUUGAUCCAUCGGUGAUCCCUAUUGAUGAACUCGUUUCAGAGGUGGAGAGCAGAAAUAGGCUCAAGUUGCUGUUGCCCUUCCUUGAGGCUACUCUUGCUACGGGUAACCAGCAGCAGGCCGUCUACAACGCUCUCGCGAAGAUCUAUAUUGAUAGCAACAACAAUCCCGAGAAGUUCCUCAAGGAGAACGAUCUCUACGACACUCUCACCGUUGGAAAGUACUGCGAGAAGCGUGACCCGAACCUGGCAUACAUUGCCUACCGGAAGGGACAGAAUGAUCUCGAACUGAUCAAUAUCACCAAUGAGAACGCUAUGUACCGUGCCCAGGCACGCUACCUCGUGGAGAGAGCUGAUUCGGAGAUCUGGUCCUUCGUUCUCAGCGAGAACAACAUGCAUCGGCGUUCACUUGUCGACCAGGUCAUUGCGACCGCUGUGCCUGAGUCGACUGAGCCCGACAAAGUGUCCAUCGCUGUCAAGGCUUUCCUCGAAGCUGAUCUGCCCGGCGAGCUGAUCGAGUUGCUUGAGAAGAUCAUUCUCGAGCCCUCUCCUUUCAGCGACAACGGCAGUCUGCAGAACUUGCUCAUGCUCACAGCUGCCAAGGCUGAUAAGGGACGCUUGAUGGAUUACAUCCAUCAGCUCAACGAGUUCAGCCCCGAUGAAAUCGCCGAGAUGUGCAUUUCGGUCGGUCUUUACGAGGAGGCGUUUGAGAUCUACAAGAAGGUGAACAACUUCAUUGCCGCUGUCAACGUCUUGGUCGAGAACAUUGUUAGCAUUGACCGCGCGCAAGAAUUUGCGGAGCGUGUCGAGCUACCGGAGGUGUGGAGCAAGGUUGCCAAGGCCCAGCUGGAUGGUCUUCGGGUGUCCGACUCCAUCGAGUCCUAUAUCCGUGCCGGCGAUCCCUCGAACUACAACGAGGUCAUCGAAACGGCUACGCAUGCUGGCAAGGAUGAAGACCUCGUCAAGUAUCUCAAGAUGGCCCGUAAGACCUUGCGUGAGCCUGCCAUUGACACGGGUCUUGCUUUCUGUUACGCCCGUCUCGAUCAGCUUUCGGAGCUCGAGGAUUUCCUGCGGACGACCAACGUUGCAGAUGUCGAGGCUUCCGGUGACAAGGCUUAUGAAGAAGGCUACCACCAGGCUGCCAAGAUUUUCUACACCAGCAUUUCCAACUGGGCCAAAUUGGCAACGACCUUGGUGCACCUGGAAGAUUACCAGGCAGCCGUGGAAUGCGCACGCAAAGCCAACAGUGUUAAGGUUUGGAAGCAGGUCAACGAAGCUUGUGUUAACAAGAAGGAGUUCCGCCUUGCCCAAAUUUGCGGUCUCAACCUGAUCGUUCACGCGGAAGAGCUUCAGGAUCUUGUGCGCCAGUAUGAGCGCAAUGGCUACUUUGACGAGCUCAUUGCGGUUCUGGAGGCUGGCCUGGGUCUGGAGCGGGCGCAUAUGGGCAUGUUCACCGAAUUGGGCAUUGCCCUCUCUAAGUACCACCCCGACCGGGUGAUGGAACACCUCAAGCUCUUCUGGUCUCGCAUCAAUAUUCCUAAGAUGAUUCGCGCCUGCGAGGACGCAAGUCUCUGGCCGGAGCUGGUCUUCUUGUACUGCCACUAUGAUGAGUGGGACAACGCUGCAUUGGCAAUGAUGGAGCGUGCUGCCGAUGCCUGGGAGCACCACUCGUUCAAGGACAUCAUUGUCAAGGUGGCCAACCUGGAGAUCUACUACCGUGCGCUCAACUUCUAUCUGCAAGAACAGCCUUUGCUCCUCACCGACUUGCUACAGGUGCUCACUGCUCGAAUUGAUGUCAACCGUGUCGUGCGGAUUUUCCAGGCUUCGGACAACAUUCCUCUGAUCAAGCCGUUCCUGCUCAAUGUCCAAACUCAGAACAAGAGGGCCGUAAACGAUGCCAUCAACGACUUGUUGAUCGAGGAGGAGGAUUACAAGACUCUCCGUGACUCGGUCGAUAAUUACGAUAACUUCGAUGCCGUGGCACUUGCCCAGCGGUUGGAGAAGCAUGAUCUGAUCUUCUUCCGCCAGAUCGCAGCUAACAUUUACCGCAACAACAAGCGCUGGGAGAAGUCGAUCUCCUUGUCCAAGCAAGACAAGCUUUACAAGGAUGCCAUCGAGACUUCCGCCAUCUCCGGAAAGUCGGAUGUUGUCGAGGACCUUCUUCGCUACUUUGUCGAUAUUGGCAGCCGCGAAUGCUACGUUGGCAUGCUGUAUGCCUGCUACGAUCUCAUCCGGCCCGACGUUAUUCUCGAGCUUUCGUGGCGCCAUGGUCUUAACGACUUCACCAUGCCUUUCAUGAUCAAUUUCUUGUGCGAACAGACACGCACGAUCGAGAUGUUGAAGAAGGACAACGAAGAACGCAAGUCGCGCGAAGUGACUCAGAAGACGGAGGAGGACAAUACCCCGAUUCUGGGCGGCACGCGGUUGAUGUUGACCCAGGGCCCGGCAGCGCCGGCGCCAAGCCCCAUGGCGUUUGGACAGGUUAACGGAAUCACACCGCAGGCUACCGGUUUCCGCCCUUUCUAGACGCAUGUCAGUCACGCUCUCCUUGGAUCCCCUUCUGAAGAAACCUCAUUUGGCCCCGUGUAUGUAUAGCAUGAGCGAUGGAUGAUCUACUGCUGGGCUUGGGUAGGACAGUAGAGCCUUGACAGCUGUAAAAGCGUCGUCAGCUGAUGGGCUUGCUGUUCCACCUGGCCGGGCUUCUCUCCCCUUUACUUGAUGUUCCUUCUCAUCCCUUACGUUUCGUCCAUGAUUUGUUGCCUAUCCUACCUUUUAUUUCACCCCACUAGAUGUAUUUCAUAGGCCUUGAAAAUCUGCGCAUUCAGUUUACAGACCUCCGGGUGGUCGCGGGCUUUUGUCAUACUUAGUUCAAUUAUAAUUGACGUUCGAUCUUGAUUCGACAUUCGGCUCGUAGUACACGUCGGCACUUCGGUAUUGGCGACCGAAUGAUCUACGCCUAGAUCUCGGCAGUUGGUGCCGUAGACGGGGGUU